CAAAGAAAAUAAUCACAACUUUAAGCAUAUGAUAGAUAUGAAAGAUACUAGUUUUCCCUCAUCAAUAAAAAUUUUCACAAAUAGUAAACCCUUGCAAACUCUUUCUGAAAACACAAAUUCUACCUUUACAUUCAUCAAUGCAAACAUUUAUAGGAUGUGCUAAUGCUAAAAAGCACACUGCUGGCUCAUCAGAUAAGAAUAUAGUUAUCCAUUCUUGUAAUUAUGAUAGACAAAAAGAUUCUUUUAGGCCUCUAUUAAAUACAAAUCAAUUACAAAAAAAGAUAUUACCAGAGGAUACUUCUGCGAAAACGAACAAUGUACUCCACAUUUCCUUACUACCACAUGGAACUAAUAUUAGGCCAUUAAAUCCUUUUAGGAUUUUACCAAAUAAUAUGCCCAAACUGACAUUACCAUUAAAUAACACCACAAAUGUCCCAACUUAAAAUUUUUCUUUUGUGAAAGUUGGGAAUAUAUCUACAAGCUCAAAUCAAAUUAGAAAGCUAUCAUUUUUUAAAUAAAAUAUUUAAUAUUAAUUUUUAUAUAAUCAAUAGUACAAAUAUUAUUUUUUUAUAAAUUAUAUAUCUUAUAAUAAAAAAUGACCUUCAAAAAAUAUUUGUUUUAUUGAGUCACUUCUAAAUAAUGCAAUAAUAAAG